AUGUUUUCUGGAUCGAUACCUCAAGAGAUAGGCAUGCUUAGAUCUCUCACUGACUUUGCGUUGAGUCAAAAUAAUUUCUUUGGUUCAAUCCCUGCUUCCAUAGGAAACUUGACCAGCUUAUCCAUUCUCUACCUUCAUCAAAAUAUGUUCUGUGGUUCAAUCUCUGCUUCAAUUGGAAACAUAAUGAAGCUUGCAAGGUUACAUCUUACUCAUUUGCAAUCAUUACAAUCAGGAGAUAACCAUCACAGUGGUCCAUUAUCUAAAAAUUUAUGCAGGGGUGGACAAGUCGCAAAUCUUUCAGUUAUCAACAACAAUUUGACGGGUCGUAUCCCACCAACUUUGAAAAAUUGCAAAAGUUUAUACAGAGUUAGGCUUGAAGGAAACAACUUUACAGGAAAUAUAUCAGAAACUUUUGCUGUGUAUCCGAAUUUGAAUUAUAUUUCAUUAAGCAACAACAGAUUUUAUGGUGAACUUUCUCCUAAAUGGGGACAAUGUCAUAAUCUAACAAGCCUACAAAUCUCCAAUAACAACAUUUCUGGAAAGAUCCCACAAGAGUUGCAACAUGCAACUCAGUUACAGGAACUCGAUCUCUCUUCAAAUCAUCUUGUUGGUGAGAUUCCCAAGGAAUUAGGAGCAUUGACAAUGAUGUUCCGUCUUCUGCUAAGUGGUAACCAACUUUCAGGCAAAAUUCCACCAGAGAUUGCAAUCCUAGAUUUGAGUCAUAAUUCGAUUAUUGGAGCGAUACCACAACAGCUUGGGGAAUUACAUUUCUUGGAAAUAUUGGAUCUUUCUCACCAUAUGCUCAAUGGUUCCAUCCUAAUUUCUUUCAAUGAUUUACAAAGCUUGACUGUUGUGAAUAGCUCUUACAAUCAAUUAGAAGGCCCUAUUCCCAACAUUAAGGCAUUCCUUGAGGCUUCAUUUGAUGCCUUAAGAAAAAAUAAUGGCCUAGGCACAACUGGGAGAUUUUUUCACAUUGUGGUGAUAUAA